GCAGGAACCCCUAUUCUCAGAGAAGGUUUACGCCGGUCUUUGGCCCAUUCCCUCCCCAUGAGGAGCAGGCGGCACGCGAUUUGCGCACCGUUGUUGUGAAUGGGGGAGAAGGCGGGGUGCUCCUACUCCGUCUGUGUGUGUGUGCGUGUGCGCGCGCGCGAGCGUGUGUGGCGGUAGUGGUGGUGGCGGCGGCAGCGGCGGGAGGAGGAUGAUGUCAGCCUGCGAAUGUCAACAAUGUAGCGAUUGAGGCGAGUAGGCGGCGUUCCUUUGGGAAGAGCGCGAGCCACGGGGAGAGUCCGCGCAGCCGACAGAACGGGGGCUGCAGGAGCAGUCGACGAGCCGCCGCCUUGCGCAGAGACGGUCCCCGAAGCGCUCCCGCGACAGAGCAAUUUCUGCCUGGCUCCCCUUCCCGCCCCCCACUCUCUCUCUUUCUCCCCUCACCCUUCUUGCUGCUGCAGCCUCCGCCUCCUCCUCCUUUCUCCUCUAGUUUCCCUCUUCCACCUCCCCGCCCCCUCCCUUUUAUAUGCAUAUGUGUUACUUUCCCCCCUCCCUUUCCCCCCCUUUUUCUCUGCAAGACUUUGCCUCGGGAAGCAGCAGCUGGGUUUGUUUUUGGUCGCUGCUGCUGCUGCUCCUGCUGGUUUGUUGCAAAGCAAUCGGCUUGUGACUCUUCCCAUGCCCAUUUUCGCCAGCACCACCUCAGCAAACCAGAGCCCUCAAAAAGAAGAUUGGGGUCGCGCUUUCGCCACCCGGGCUCUCUCUUCGCCCCUUUCGAAAACACUGGCGGGAAACGCGCGGAGGCAGCGAAAGUUACGGUGCUAGAGAUUGCUGAAUAUCCAGAAGAUCGUCCUGUGAAUUUUUCAGUGUUCAUAUCUUCAUGGAUUUCUGUAAUCCAUUAAUUUCUCCGUAUAUCCUCUUCCCUGUUUCGUGAGAGUAUUAGCCAGCACAGAUUCUGGGAAAAUUACAUGGUGUGAACGGAAUGUCUGUGGAUGAGAAGACUGAAUCCCCCAUGUAUGUGUAUGAGUCAACAGUCCAUUGUACCAAUAUCCUCCUAUGCCUCAAUGACCAACGGAAGCAGGAUAUUCUCUGUGACGUGACUUUGAUUGUGGAGGGCAAAGAAUUCCGAGCCCACCGGGCUGUGCUGGCUGCAUGCAGCGAAUACUUCUUGCAGGUGUUAGUCGGGCAGACAGAAAAUGACCUGGUUGUCAGCCUGCCAGAAGAGGUCACUGCCAAGGGAUUUGGUCCAUUGUUGCAGUUCGCCUACACUGCUAAGCUAUUACUCAGCAGAGAGAACAUACAAGAGGUCAUCCACUGUGCCGAAUUUCUACGUAUGCACAACCUGGAGGAUUCCUGCUUCAGCUUCCUUCAGACCCAGCUGCUGAACAAUGAAGAUGGCCUGUUCCUGUGCAAAAAGGAUCUCACCUAUCAGCGGAUGCAUGAAGAUGAGAACUCGGAGGGAGAAGAGGAAGAAACUAUGGAGUCAGAGACUUCAAAGAUAUCUUGCUCAAGAGAGAGAAUGCACUCAGAGCCCUUUGACUUUGAACCCGUCACGUCUGGAGCCAGUAAGGAGGAAGGGAUGCUGCCAGACCCGGAAAUACUGGAUGAUGGCAAGGAUAGUUUGGAUAAAGAAGUAGUAACACGGUACCCCAGGUAUAAGAAAUACCAGCUAGCUUGUACCAAGAAUGUCUACAACGCAUCACAUGUUAGUACCUCAGGUUUCACAAGCACAUUCAAUGAAAAAGGUUCAGGUGAUGACCUCAAACCAGAACUUGCUGUCGGGCAAAUUAAAAGUGAGCCUAGGAAUGAGGAAAACAAUGAAGAAAACAUCACACUUUGCCUCUCUGGAGAUGAGACUGGUGUCAGGGAUAAAGAAGAGGAUGUUGAAAUGGACCGAAAGCAGCCAAGUCCCAAUGGAGCUGGAAGGUCUAAAAACAGUUCCUCUCCUUCUUGCCUAAGAUCUUUCUUCAACCGAACAAAAACUAUAGACUUAGAUGGCUUCCCAAGUACUUCCCAACAGCACUUUGCCAGAAAUCCAGCAUGCCCUUUUGACAAGGGGACAACUCAGGGUGACCAUAAAGCUGAUUAUGUCCCUUUUGUGGGCAGUUAUGGGCUCUCCCAAGCUGUUCAGAAGGAUGCUUCCAGUUUUACAGUGGGAUCACCUCUAAGAGGUCCUGGCUUUGUUGAAGGUCUUUGUAAGCAGGAAGGUGAGGUGGACAGGAGGACUGUUAUAUUCUCUUCAAAUGUUUGUGACCAAGUAAACACUUCGGUGCAUUCAUAUUCUGGCAUGAGCAGUUUGGAUAAAGAUCUCACCGAGACUGUGCCAAAAGGUCUGUGGGCAGGAAGCAGCCAAUCUCUUCCCAGUUGCCAGACCUAUGCUCACAUUGGACAAACAGCUGAUCACUUCCCAGGACGGAUGCGGCCCAACACCAGCUGCCCAGUGCCAAUUAAAGUUUGUCCUCGGUCUCCUCCUCUGGAAACCAGAACAAGGACCUCCAGUUCAUGUUCCUCCUACUCUUAUGCAGAGGAUGGCAGCGGUGGUUCUCCCUGUAGCCUGCCUCUGUGUGAGUUUUCAUCUUCCCCCUGUUCUCAAGGAGCUCGAUUCCUGGCCACUGAGCAUCAGGAGACGAGCAUGAUGGGAGAUGGAAUAUACAGCCAAGUCAGACCCCAGAUAAAAUGUGAGCCAUCCUAUGGAACAAACUCUAGCGAUGAGUCUGGAUCGUUCUCUGAAGCAGACAGUGAGUCAUGUCCUGUGCAAGACAGAGGACAUGAGGUGAAACUUCCAUUUCCUGUAGAUCAAAUCACAGAUCUUCCAAGGAAUGAUUUCCAGAUGAUGAUAAAGAUGCACAAAUUAACCUCAGAGCAAUUGGAAUUUAUCCAUGAUGUUCGGCGGCGCAGUAAAAACCGAAUUGCUGCCCAGCGCUGUCGCAAGAGAAAACUGGACUGUAUUCAGAAUUUAGAAUGUGAAAUCCGCAAAUUGGUUUGUGAGAAAGAGAAACUUCUGUCAGAAAGGAACCAGCUGAAAGCAUGCAUGGGAGAGUUAUUAGAUAAUUUCUCCUGCCUUUCUCAAGAAGUAUGCCGAGAUAUGCAGAGCUCAGAACAGAUCCAAGACCUUCACCGAUAUUGCCCUGUGCUCAGGCCUAUGGAUCUUCCAACAGCAGCUAGUAUCAACCCUUCAUCAGGUGGAGUGGAGCAAAAUGUAGUGACAUCCCAGUGCAUUGGAGAAAGCUUGCAGUGCUGUUCAGAACAAAGCCCAGUGCAGCAGCUGGGAGCCCACUGGCUACCCAACAACAUUUCUGACAAAUGUGCUACAAGAGGACUGGAUGGAGCUGACCAAGUUACUUAUUCUGAGCAGGAGCUCCCUCCAGAGCAGAACAACCAAGCGGUGACCAUGGAUUUCUGUCAGGAAAUGACUGAUAAGUGUACAACAGAUGAGCAGCCUAGGAAGGAGUACACCUAGUGUUCGGUAUACCUUUUACAUCACACUUAGCAAGGUCUCUUCAGUCAGUCAGUGGCCACGAUCAUUUGUUGUCUAUAUUGAAGAACAUACUUGGUGCACACUACAGUGGUCUUAGCAGCAAUACUGUUUUUAAGUAUUCCAUCCUCUCUACAAAGCAGGAGUUUAACUUCUUCACUAUGGUGCUAUCCCAUGCUCAGGCAGGGGAACAAAGCAGUGGCAACACUGUCUGAUUCUUUUUUUAUUGUUGUUGUUAUUGUUACUGUAUUUUAAUUUCAAUAUUCAACAGGGAUGGACAUAACACCUCUGAGGACCCAAAUGCAGCUUUUUCUCAGUGGCCCAUGUCACAAAACCCUAACUCAGGAAUUUCCUCUGAAUGUUCAAUUUUUCAUUGAAGACAGCUUCUUUACACAUCAAAGUUUUAUAGCUAAACUGUACAUAUAUACAUAUAUAUAUAUAUAGUAUAUAUAAAAAUAUAUAUCCAUAUGCAAAAAACAAAACAAAACCCUGCAUGGCUCAGAAUUUCCUCAUGAAAACAACUGGAAUUUUAAAUUUCUAUUGUAUAAAAAAUUCCAACAUUCCUUUCUUGGUCUAUGCUAGAAGUAACUUGUAUAUGUUUUAAUAUUUCCCCCUGCCACUCAGUUCACUGUUCAGCAAUAUCAUCUAGUUUGUACUUUAUUUAUAAAGUUUCAAUGUUGGAAACUUCUUUGAAUUUUUAAUCUGGGACAGUGUUUGUGGCACCCCUAACUUUUUGUGCCCGUUUGAGCAAAGUGGGUUUUAUUCUUAUCUUUCUCACAGAUACUGUAUAGCAAUGGUCAAUUUUGCCACUUGCACUGAGUUUUGGAUCAAACCUCAUUUCAUAAAUGAAGUUGGGACUUUGGUAUAUUUCACAUAUUUUAUUCAUUGCUUCUUCUUUUUUCUUUUUUUUUUAAUUCAGCAAACUAGGAAAAACAAACCUCAGGAGUUGAUUAUGUAAUGAAUUAUUAGUCUUGCCAAAUAUGGAAUUCCUCUUAAUAGUGUGAAUUGGGCAUUUUUUGUAUUUAUCUUUGUUUAUCCUUUUUUUUUUUUUUUUCCAAAUUAAGCUAAAUGGUAUAGUGCAGUGAUUCUCAACAUGUGGUCUGCGGACUGCUGGGGACCCGCUAGGUCAUCACAGGGAGUCACAAAUGCUUGAAGAAUGAGUUAAAUCUUAUGAUUUAAAUCACGAGUUAAGUCUUGGUGGUCUGUGGUCAUAGUCUGAGGCCACAAAAGGUAUUUAAAAGGGGUGUGUGGUAAAGAAAAGGUUGAGUGUAUAUUACCGAUGCUGAGAACUAAGGCAGAUUUCUCCAAGUUUGAUAUGGUGACUGGAAAUAGUGAAAGUUGUGCAGUGCAUCCGAAGGAUACCAGGCUGAGGAAAGAUGGUGUAAGGCAAAAUUGCUUAGAUUUAGUGGCUUCAUGUCAAUCAGCAAAGCUUAAAUCAAGGCCUUCACUCCAGAUCUUAAUUUGUGUUACUAGUGUUUAUUUUUUCUCCAAUGGUUCUACUGGCUUCGCUGUAUAAUCCCCCCUUAAUGCUGCCUUAACACAGUGAUAUAUUAGGAUUUACUAUUCUGGCCUAUACUGGCAUCAGCUCAAAACUGCUGAUUCAGUUGCUCUGAGAAAUGAAAAAGAGUGUCCCUUCACAGAAUGGCAGAGGACAGAGAACCAUAUUUAGAGCAAUCAUGAAUCUUAAAAGGUUGAAAAAUAUCAUCCCUUGUCAACAAUAGAAUACUGACCAACCUAGAAAACAUGAAACGUGAGUGAAGGAAUAGUUGCAAAAAUAUUGAAACCUCAGGUAAUCCUUGACUUACAACUGGUCCUCACAUGACCAUGGCAACAUAACCAGCAUGUAUUAACAGCGGCUGUAGUGACUUGAGGUCACAUGCUUGCCAUUUCCAAUCUUCCCAGGGCACCUCUGACAAGCAAAGUUAAUUGGAGAAGCCAAAUUUGCUUUAACGAUCAUAUAAUGCACUUAAUAUCUGAGGUGAUUCACUUAACCAUGCUAAAAAGUCGUAAAAUCAGGCACAACUCGCUUCAUAGCUGUCUUGCUUAGCAAUGGAAAUUCUGGCCACAGUUGUGGUUAUAAAUUGAGGACUACCUGUAUAAAAAAAUUCACUCAACUCUAGCUGAUUUGCAUCGAACAAUGAUUAUGCAAAAUUACUUCCAAACAUAACUACACCCGCUCAUGAAAACAUUUUUCCUAUUGAAGUAUUGAAAUACAGGUAAUCCUCAAUUUACAACGAUUCGUUCAGCAAACCAGGUCCUCCUCCCACCCUCUGAGACAUCCCAUGCUCUGCCUAAUGCCUGCAGUGAGAAGAGGCGGGAGAAGAGUGAAUGCCUUGCUUAAUGAUGGCAACAACUUAAUUCUGGGCUCCAUUGUCAUAAGUCGAGGAGUACCUGUAAAUGGAAAUGAUCUGAUUUCCAUCUGUAAUUUCAAUGCAUGCCAACAAGAUUUAUGCCGGAUAUUUCUUUCUGAUGGAUUCCGUCCUUCUGUUUUUAAAGAUUAGUUUUUAUUUCACAAUAACCUUCUCUGGGCUGUAUUCUAAGGUGGCAUUUAUCAUUUACAGAUUAGUCCUGUUUAUUGUGUAUUAGACCUUAAUGAAUCACCAGGGACUGUGUCGAUGCAGACAGCUUUUCUGUAUACCACGGAGAACACAUUCCUCAAAGAUACUGUUUACAUUGAGCAACAGUCCCUCACUCAGCAAAGCAGCAUUUUUUUUCCAGCAGAGGAAUCAGUAUCUUUUUCAAAUGAGAGAUAUGCAGACAAAUAGCCGGUCCUGUUUUUGCAGUAGACUCCACAUUCAUUGUACUCUUCUUGCCAACUAGGAAAUAGAUACACUGCAUAUUCCACAUUUAUUGACUGAAAAGGGUGGGGGCAUCCCUAUGUAGGAUGGAGAUACUAUAUGUUUAGCAUAUAUUCUUUAAAUAUUAAGCAUUUGUGUAAAACGAAUAAACUUAUUACUAACUCUCCAUAUAUUUAUCUAUGGCAUAUGGAUGCUAGUUCAAACUGUUGAGUAAUGUUUUAGAUGGGGACUUCCUUUGAAAAUAUAACUUUAUACUAGAAGUUUUCAAAUAAAAUAUUUGGGGUGAGGAAUUAUGUAGAUAUGAAGGGUAGGCCUUGUAAUUCAGUUGACGUUGCAGAACUCUUGGCUGCUUCUCAGAGAACUUAACUUCAGUGAUGGAAGCUAAGAUUUCAAGCAACAUGUGAAUUUCAUUAUAUUUUUCACAGCCAUUGAGAAUGCUUCGUUUUUUAUCCUGUUGGCAGUAUUGCUCAAUACUUUUUUGUUUUAAUAUCUGUAAGUGACCUCUAAGUUGUAUUUCUUGUGGGUAUACAAUUCAGGAUGUUCCAGAUUUUACUACCCAUUGUUAUUUGGCUAUUUUUUACCUUUUUCUUCCGAACAAUGAAAGAAAUGGUAGGAAGGGAAAAUAAAGAAGAAAUAGAAAGCAUGAUUGUACAUAGAGAUUCCUUCCCUUCAAAUAAAAUUUCAUAAGCAGGGCUAAGCAGUUGCAAAAUAAAAGCCUUAUCUGGCAGCAUCUCACACUAGAUUCUAACCACUUGAUAUAGAGAUUUACUAUUAAUACCAACUCAUGUGCAAAUGGUACUUUUGACCUCAUUUUAUUGGUUUACAUGUAAUGGACAAAACAUGUUCUACAGUUAUUGUAUUGACCUGGCUCUCUCACUGAUUCAGAGCCUUUUUCUCCUACUACUCCUUCUCUACCUCUGCCUCCCCUUCUGGUUUGUUUGUUUUUUAAAUCCACUGCUCUGUUGUUUCAACCUUUUUGCUUUCUUUAUGUUUGCCUUUUCAUUUAGAAGUGACUAAUGUGUAUAUUAGCUUCUUCGGACACACUAUUGUAUAUGGUUUUUCAGAACCACAUAUAAUUAUUGGGUUAACUUCUUAGGAGAAUUACUUUCAGAACUGGACCCAAAUUGAGACAUUUGAACUGCAUUAGGCUAAAGGAAAAUUAGGGGAUGAGGGGGCCAGAACUGACCAAAAUUUUUAUUUUUAGAUAAAAGUAAGCAUGCAUUGUGGAACGGCAAAGAACAGUACUGGCUGUUAAGUGAUGAAGGAAUGGAUGUGAGGUCUUGUUUUUACGUUCCCAUGCUAGUCAGCAGCUGCUUUUGCAUUGAGUAAGGAAUGUACAAAGAAUAUAUAUUUGGCCCUGUCCAGUCUGCAUAUUCUCCUUUUAAUUUGCCUUUGCUGUGCUUUCUCUUGCCAGAAAACCUCAUUUCAUUUAGGCAUCUUCUACUUUUUGUCAGGUAAAUAUUACACUUACAUAAAUAUUUACGUUUGCUAGGGGGUGCCUUGAAUAAAGUUGAAGUUCAUUGAAACCUGAUUCUGGAACAAAAAGGCUAGUUUUUUUGGUUGUUUUUUAAAUUCAGUCAGAUUCCCAAAAUAUUCUGAUAUUUAUGGCCAAGGCCUAAUAUACGCUGACUCAAGCAUCAGAGUUUGAUGCUGUAGUAUAAAACUAUUAUAUAUUACACAGUUAAAUUAUUUGAAGUCUUUCUAAGAAAUAUAUGCUGCUUUUUUAAAGAUGCACUUUUUUGGAUCUAAUCCAUCUAUUUUUAUUCCCAAGGAAGUAAAAAUUGAAAAAAAAAUAAUGGAAUACAGAAGCCACUGUGAUCAGUAUUCCAAUUUUUGUCUCUUGAAAAAAGACGGUAAGAGCGAUCUAAACUUAAUAAAGUCAAUUCAGCUACUGACAGUGUAGCAGCUGAAUAUUACAUUCAGCUUACUGCAAUAUCACCAAAUUUAAAAGAAUAUGAUAGGGAGUUUUAAAGAAAAGUGUUUUUGAAUGCUCAAAAAUACUGCAUUCAGUCAUUGUAGUUAUUCCCAUCACUGUGAUGUGAAAAGCUGCAUGGAUGGAAGUUCAGGUGAUUUUUUUUUUAAGCUCUUUUUUUUCUUCCCUAAAUAAAGUAUGAUAACUAACCUCACAGCAACUAGUUAAAUUUAUUUUUUAUCUUUGGUGUGCCAGUCAAUCUUUAUGGCCUUUAGUAUAGGUUAAACUAAUCCUGAAGCCUGUUGGUCUUUUUCUUUUAUUGGUGACCUGUAAAUCUUGUAUUUCAAAACAAACCAACAGACAGGUUUAGCCUCUCCCCGAGCUAUGGAUAUUCUCUAUAAUUUCUAACAGGUUUAACCUACACAGCUACAGUAUCCUUUGAGCAGCAGGCUAGUAAGUAGUUUUGUGAAGCCUAUGCAAGCAUCAAAUUCUCAACAAUCUAGCUCAGACCAAUGACUCCAAGAGGCAGUUUUCACACGCACACAAAAGAUCAGGAUUUGUGUUUGUUUGAUCACUUAUUUCACUGCCAUCUCUUUAAAUGUGUACAUUUAAAAAGUUUGAGUUAGUGAAGACAGAUAAGAAAGGAUGUUACUUGAUGUAGCCUUAGGAAAGCUCUGCUAAAAAUGUGGUAGCUAAUUUCUAUCUACAAUAUAAAAUCAGUAUGUGUAAUUUUGCUUGUUUAUAUUAUGUAUAUUUAUAAUUGAAUUAUUUUGUGACACAGGCAUCAAAUAAUGCUGCAGAAUACAGUUGUACAUAUGUUAAAUCCAUUCAAACAAUUUUUAUGUAUAUUAAAAAUCUAUAGUUUGGUGGAUUGUAGACUACUAAUAAAUUAUUAUAACUUUCUCUGGAAGUUAGAAUGUCAUUGCUUGCCGUGUAAAAGAAUUACAGUAUUUUCCUACACUCCACCAAUAUUAUAUAUAGAUAGAUAGAUAGAGAAAUAUCAGAAUAAAACUAGUGAUAUGUAUUUGUUUUUAAAUUAUAAUGCUCAUGUGGUUCUACCAUUGUGAUGAAAGCCACUUUUUCUAGUGGGGAGUAAUUAUUCAAAUUUCUUCAAACUGAAAAAAAUAGAUAACUUUUUAUUAUCAAUGCCUCACUAAUAUCAGCUCUUUUAUAUAUAGGUCCAGUUUACAUAAUGUUUAAACACCUAUGCAGUGUAAUAAAAUAAAUUAUAUGAAAGUUUGUUCAGCUUGACCCUAUGCAUGUUUACUCGAAAGUAAGUUUCACUGAGUUCAAUGGCGCUUCUACCUGGAUAAGUGUGCAUAGGAUUGCAGCCUUAUAAAUAAAUACAAAAAAAACAAAAACUUUUAAGAAUCCAGAAAUCCAUUUCUGUCAUCGCUCAAAACUUGAAAUGGUUCAAAUGAUUUUGAAGCCAAUGACCCAUUUAAUUUUGAAGGCAGUCAGGAUUAGAAACUUAGCCUAGAAGUUCCCUGUUUUCUGUUUUAACAGGUGAAUUCAAAUUUGAGGAGCCAGACUGAAUUUCUGGGUUAUUCCACACAUUUAGAGUUCAGUGCUUUGUUGGUAAUGAGUAUGAGUUCUUGUGCAUUUACAGUUAUGAAAAAGAUAAGGCGUUCUUUGAAAAAUGAUAUUUAAUACUUGUGUUAUGAAUAAUAAAAAAAAAUAUCUGGACUCCUCCAAUCAGCAGAAAUUCUACUCAGUACUUUGGAGAUCUCUGGAUGUGCUGAUUUUUGUCAUUCAGUUCAAGGCUCAUCUUUGAUUACAAGGGUGAAGAGACCCCCAAGAGUUUGUUCCAGAACCAGUGGGCUACAAGUGCACCUCUACUAUCUAUGCCUUACAAACUUCAGAGGCCAUAUUCAAAACAGGGUUUUAUCAGUGUAUGCAAGGGGAUGCAACCCCUCUCCUCUUCCUCCCCAGAUCAGACAGUAUGGACAGUUCUCACACAUAUCUACCUGUAUAAUCUUCUGUACCUCUCAUAACUGGUCAAUGACUGUAACAAGUUGCAUCAGGUGUUUUUCUAUAUACUUUUUACACAGAUUCUAUGUGAUUAAUGGAACUUAAUUCAAUGCAUCAUUUUAUUGUACUAGUUCUUAAGCUUGUCUAUUAUUAUUUUUUUCUAGGUGACUGUGGUUUCUUGUGAUUUUUAUUGUAUAAAUGAAAUGGCUGUUGAUGCUUAUUCCUUGUUACUAAGAAUUUUUACCUUUUUGGAAAAAAAAACAGCAUUGCUAUCUAUGAACUAAUAAAUUUAAAGACUUCAGUUACUCAUUGUAAAUACAGUAUCGUGCAAAAAGAUUUUUUCCAUUCAUUUGAAUUGAUAGUGUUAACUGAAUUUUGUCUAGACACCAUUUCUGUUGAUGAAAUAAAGACAUACCAAUAUGUAUUGUA